GUAUAAAUGAACAACCACUCUCAACUGACACUACAGGAAAACAGGUCAUAACCGACCGAAGAAAACACAUCACAAGCAGUAUAUAACACUUCCCAGCACCCAACUAGCUAGCUAGUGUAACUAAUUAAUGGAGGCCAUAAUUUUCGUAGCAUUUUUCUUAGCAACCCUAGCUUUUUUCCUCCUUCCAAACUAUCUCCGGCGCUGGAAACUUAAGUUGCCUCCGGGACCGAAACCGUGGCCGAUCAUCGGAAACCUACAUUUAAUAGGAACCUUACCUCACUGCUCGUUCCACGAUUUGUCCCAAAAAUAUGGUCCCAUAAUGCAACUAUAUUUUGGUUCCUCACCUGUUGUCAUUCUCUCCUCUCCAAAAAUGGCCGAGAUCAUGCUUAAAGAAAACGAUGUGUUGUUCGCCUUAAGGCCUAAGACGGCUGCUGGAAAGUACACGACCUACAAUUACUCCGACAUGACAUGGUCAUCGUACGGUCCUUACUGGGCACAGCUUCGCAAAAUAUGUCUCAUGGAGAUUUUUAGCGCGAAGAGGUUAGAUGCAUUUCAAUAUAUUCGUGUCGAAGAAAUGCAUAAACUUGUGAAAUCUCUUUAUAAGUCAUCAGGGACACCUGUAUUGUUGAAAGAUGAUUUGAUGAAGCUUACUUUUAAUGUAAUUGGACGGAUUGUAUUGGGGAAAAGUUACUUGGAUGAUGAGGUGGACGAUUCGGUGAUAAAGCCCGAGGAGUUCAAGUUUAUGUUUGAAGAGCUUUUUGUUCUCAACGGGGUGUAUAAUAUCGGGGAUUUUAUUCCAUGGCUAGGGGUUUUUGAUUUGCAAGGUUAUGUGAAGAGAAUGAAAGAUGUAAGCAAGAAGUUGGAUAAGUUUUUGGAGAUUGUAAUUGAUCAACAUAAUGAAGUUAGAAAAAAGAGUGACGUUAAUGCUGAGGAUUAUGUUGCUAAAGAUAUGGUGGAUGUAUUGCUGCAGUUGGCUGAUGAUGAAGAUGUUCAAGUUAAGCUUCACAGAGAUGGUGUUAAGGCUUUCACUCAGGACCUAUUAGCCGGUGGAACUGAAAGCUCUGCAACUAGUAUAGAAUGGGGACUUUCGGAAAUGUUGAAAAAUCCAAACACAUUUGAAAUGGCAUCCGAAGAACUGGAUAGAAUCAUUGGAAAAGAAAGAUGGGUAGAGGAAAAAGAUAUUCAAAACCUCCCCUACAUUGAAGCAAUUUCAAAAGAAAUCUUACGGCUGCACCCUGUGGCACCGCUAUUAGUACCCCAUAUGGCUAGCCAAAACUGUAAAAUUUCUGGUUAUGACGUUCUUGAAGGAACCAUAGUGUUGGUGAAUACAUGGACUAUUGCAAGAGACCCGACAGUUUGGAGUGAUCCGUAUGAGUUUCGGCCUGAGAGGUUCAUGGGGGUUGAUAUUGAUGUUAAGGGAAGAGAUUUUAGGAUUCUUCCAUUUGGAUCGGGUCGGAGGAGGUGCCCGGGUUAUAGUCUAGGCCUUAAGUUGAUACAAUUGAACUUGGCCAAUCUUCUGCAUGGGUUUACAUGGAAAUUGCCGGAGAAUAUGACGGUGGAGGAGUUGAAUAUGGAGGAGUCUUUUGGACUCUCUGUUCCGAGAAAGGUUCCUCUUGUUGCUGUUGCUGAGCCUAGACUUCCGUCUCAUCUUUAUGCUUAAAAGUUGCUCCAUCUUGUGCUAAAUGCUUGAAUUAACGUACUUGUUACAUUAAUGUGUGAAGUUUCUGUUUUGAAAUUUCUGUAAGAAAUUGUUUUCUUAUUUGUCACUGUACUGUGUUAAAUUAUAAAGAGGUUGCAGAAAUUUUGCCAUGAAAA